GCUGGAUGACGGGGAUGAGCUUGCACGCCGCCUCGCCGAACACCCACUCCUCGGAGAAGUAGCGGAACGCGUCCACCGGCACGCAGGUGUGACAGGAAGUGCCUGGGGGUAUUUCAUCCUGACUCUGCUCUCUGACCCACCGGCUGGGAUGAGUUGGGGAUCCUGCAGUGGAGACAGAACGUGCGGCGAUGAACAACACGCCGCCAGGACUGCGCCUGCUCAGGCCUCCCACGGUGAUCGGACAGUUCCACACCUUGUUCUUCGGCUCGGUGCGGAUGUUCUUCCUCGGCGUCCUCGGCUUCGCUGUCUACGGAAACGAGGCGCUGCACUUCAGCUGCGACCCGGAUCGCCGAGAGCUCAACCUGUACUGCUACAACCAGUUCAGACCCAUAACCCCCCAGGUUUUUUGGGCGUUACAACUGGUGACGGUGCUGGUCCCGGGCGCGGUCUUUCACCUCUACGCAGCCUGUAAGAACAUCGACCAGGAAGAGAUCCUGGAGCGCCCCCUCUACACCGUGUACUACAUCAUUUCUGUUCUUCUACGCAUCAUCCUGGAAGUCAUCGCCUUCUGGCUGCAAAGUCACCUCUUUGGCUUCCAGGUCCACCCGGUGUUCAUGUGUGACGCCAGUUCUCUGGAAAAGACCUUUAACGUGACGAGGUGCAUGGUGCCAGAACACUUUGAGAAAACCAUCUUCCUCAGUGCCAUGUACACCUUCACCGUCAUCACCAUUCUCCUCUGUGUCGCCGAGAUAUUCGAGAUACUGUGCCGACGUCUCGGUUACCUCAACAACCAGUGACACGUGCACCCGGGUACAUGUUAGAUUACUAAUAUAUAUAUAUAUAUAUAUAUAAUAUAUGUACGAGACGCUGUUUCUACAGGGUUUACUGCUGCUUGACCUUUCUAGAACAGGACGCUGAUGUUGGUCCAUCAGGAGUUGCACCAUGAAAUGUGAGAACGUGCGACAGCGUAACAGCUGUCAGGUCCGUAACGUUCUCUCUGUGUUUUGUGUCACACAUCAGUGGUUCUGUACUGGCCGUGUCCACGGAACAGACAGACUUCUGGUUUUCUAUUUCCACACGAUGGCUGAAACAACCCCGUUAAAUGAGUGACGUGCGACGCUGCCGGAUGCUUCUUCCCUUUAACCUCAACAUGGCUGUUUGAGGAGAUUAGAGCGGUCUUAAGUUAACGUACUUACAGCCGACGAUACAAAUCAUCCAACUGGCGGCAGCACCACGUCCGCUGGUCCUCAGGCGGCGGGACAUCACUCAUGUCUUCACGUUGUGUCUUCUGGCCCUUUGACAUCUGCCUCCAUCACGGGGGCUUUGUUGAGGACUCACAGACAGAAGGAUCACUGACAUCAUACAUACACACAUCAUUCACAAUUUGAUAAAAAAUGUCUCGGAAUGAAAAUCCAUCAAAUAUUUAACAGUAUUACAGGUUUCAAUGUUUUUAAGACACUGAAAAAAUCCUGAACUGCCAGUAAGAAGAAAUUCUGCACCUUUGUUCUUCUGGAUGUUGCAACAUCCCAGGUGAGAUGCCCCCAACAUCUGGGUGCAAUGUCGCUGCAGAGACAUGGAAUGAGCAGAGACAAAGUCUUCAGAGCACAAGUCUCGUAUACGACGUAAUUACUGUUACGUUUAAAGUGAUGAAUUAGUCAGAAACAUUUAAAGCGACGGUUGAGCAGUUUGAUCCUCAACCAUCUCUCCUCAUGGAGAGAUCUCCACCACCUUUCAGCAUCACUCAUUGUACUUUGUCUUCGGUGUCACUGUCGAUGUAUUCUGUAAAAUAUUACCUCUCAUGUUUGGUCUUUUUUUUUUUUAAUCAGACAUCCAUCCAACUUUUGUUAUGAAGUUUUCAGCAAUCUGUUUAUCAUCUCAGGUACAACAUCGCAUUACCAGACAAAAGUGGAUCAAUCCUUGUGACCCUUUAACGGACUUUGUGGUCCCACCGCCGCUGUGGGGCUUUGGGAGGGUCUGGAAGCGGCGAGGGGCUCCUGUGCUUCUGUGCCUCAGAAGGUUGUGUCACUGAGACGUGGGCCUCGUGGACACGAGGAGGUCAACAUCUGUGCUGCUCAGGUCUCUGGGGGAAAUAGAACUCACCGGUCAGGCAAUUUUCUCAGCAACUUUCAACGGGUUAAAAAAAAAGGUUUAUGAACUGAACUGUCAGCUUGUUUUCAGGGGAAUAUUGAGAACUAUUUACAAAAUGUUUUUUAAUAUCGUGGUGUUUCAUUAUGACCAUUAAUAUCUGCGUAAUUUAUCGAUCAAAUAUAAUUUAGGAGGCUACACGACUGUUUCUUUGAUUUUGUUAUUUAUUUCCUUUCACUUUAUUUAACGCUGACUCACAGAUGGUUGUGUUAGUGCUGCUGUCACCGGUUCUUCUACUUUGUUUAGUCUUGAGAUGAUUGAUUAAAAAUGUACAAUAAUAUUUACUAAACCUCA